AACAACGAAGAAAACGGAGCGACAGCAGAUACUGGAUAGAGAGGAAGAAGAGUGCUAGCUAGAUAGCAAUAGUAGCACACGGCACCAUGAGAAGAUCUAUUAGAAAUAGGAAGAGCAGUAGAGGAUCAGGUUGUUUGGUCACUCGAAUUGCCGUCAUCGGAGUCUGCGUCUUGACUUUGGCUGUCGAAGGCGCAUGUUCCUUCAUGACACACCCUCGACGCAUCACACAGACCAACGGAAUGAGGCGAAUGCCCUUGUCCACUACCACCACGAGUCCUCGCAAUGACAAUCCAUUGUUUCCAGUCCACAAUCUGCGCGGAGGUUCCUCCUUGAAUCUCUCACCAAUGUUUGACAAUGGUCCUUUUUGGAAAUUCAAUCAAAUCAUUAUCGCUACCAACCUGCUGGGUUUUGUCAUUAGCGUUGUUUCGGGAGGAUCCCAUUUGCAUCUCGAUCUCUUGGGGACCGGUGCCUUUGCCCUGGCGGCCCUGCCCACUGGAUUGGCAUCGCAGAUUCCCCGUGUGCAGCUGUCGGCUGGAUUUGUAUCACUUUGGGGGACCAAAUUGGCAUCGUUUCUCUUUUGGCGUGCGCUUCAACUCAAGCAUGAUGCCAGGCUCGAAUCAACCUUGUCAACGGUCAGUGGUACGGCGGUCUUUUGGUUCAUUUCUGUCCUGUGGGGCAUCAUUUGUUCCUUACCACACUCUAUGGGAGCUACGUCGUCCCUCAAUACACCGAUUCUAGCGAGUCCCUGUGGCAUCGCCGGAGCAGCACUCUUUGUGAUGGGAAUACUGACGGAAACCACCGCGGAUUAUCAGAAAUGGAUGUUUAAAAAGAACCAUCCAGGGCAGUUUUGCAAUGUUGGUCUUUGGUCUAUAUCUCAACAUCCAAACUUUUUGGGAAACAUGAUGCUCUGGAGUGGAAUUUUCUUACUCAAUGCACCCGCAUUGAUUGAUCCCCCACCCGAGGCGACGACCAACAUUUUUCAGCACCUGUGGAGAUUCAAGCGCUUGGCCGUGGCAGCCUUGUCGCCACUCUUUCUGUACACCUUAUUCACUGGCCAAGCCCAAGGAAGUAUUACCAAUACCAAGGAACUAGUCAUGCAACGAUAUGGCAAUGACCCAAACUUCCUGGCGUACACAAAGAGUGUUCCUCUGAUCUUUCCCAAUCCACUCAAGUUCUUCCAGGGUCAGUGAUAGGAAGAAGGCUAGUAGUAGUAGUAGUAGUAGAAACAGUAGCCAGAGUGAAACUAGGAACUUGGAACGAACAAGACAUAUGGCGU